CUCAUGUGAAAAAGUUCCCCUGACGUCAUUACAGAACAACACGGAAGUGAGCCAGACGACGAAACAACACAGAAAGAAAACCCAAACAAGUUGGUGCGUUCGCUUCACUAACCUUCCAGACAGACACCAUCAUGCUGGGAGGAGGAUUCAAAGCAGAAAGGCUAAGAGUCAACCUCCGACUAUGUAUUAACCGAUUCAAACUCCUGGAGAAAAAGAAAACUGAGCUUGCACAGAAGGCAAGGAAGGAGAUUGCGGAUUACCUUUCAGGAGGGAAAGAUGAGCGGGCGAGGAUUCGUGUUGAACAUAUCAUUAGAGAGGACUAUCUGGUGGAAGCCAUGGAGAUCCUGGAGCUUUACUGUGACACCUUGCUAGCACGCCUUGGCCUCAUUACAUCCAUGAAGGAAUUGGACCCAGGCUUACAAGAGGCAGUGUCCACACUUAUUUGGGCAGCACCUCGUCUCCAGGCUGAAGUGUGUGAGCUCAGAGUUGUAUCUGACCAGCUAUGUGCAAAAUACAGCAAGGAGUACGGCAAGCUGUGCAAGUCAAACCAGAUUGGCACAGUCAACGAAAGGCUGAUGCACAAACUAAGCGUGGAGGCCCCUCCCAAGAUCUUGGUGGAACGUUACCUGAUAGAGAUCGCCAAGAACUACAAUGUGCCGUAUGAACCUGAUGCAAUGGUCCGACCUGAGGUGUGUGCUGGAGAGGAGGCAGACCUGAUUGAUGUGGACAAUGACAAGAAGUUUGGAGGAGGAGGCGGCAGUGGUGGUGGAGGAGGAUUCACUGCUCCUGCUGCUGCCAUGCCUAUGCCUAUGCCCAUGCCAAUGCCUAUGCCCAUGCAAAUGCCCACAGCUUUCAACUAUCCACCUCCCAAAGGAGCCGAUCAGUUUAAUGCUCCCAUUGGAACCUACAACAACUUCCAGCACCCCAUGGGAGGAGGGCACCCCCCUCAGCUGCCCACUUCUCCCCCCACAUACGAGUCUAUUGAUGACCUCACUGACAAACCCUCUAUUCCUUCCCAGGCCGUAGGUCCUGGCCCUUCCCCUCAGAGAUUCGACAACAACGCUCUCCCAGAACUCCCCUCUGUUCCUGACACACUUCCCACGUCGUCCUUGGGAGGAAACACCACCAGUUCAGAUGACAUCGACUUUGAUGAUCUAACACGGCGGUUUGAGGAGCUGAAGAAGAAGAUCUAAAUGCUAUAACCCUGGUCGAAACACACAUGAACACACAUAUACACAGGCCUGUGUUAUCAUUUACACAGCUCAGAACAGGGAAUGGAAAAUAUUCAAUCAGAUCUGGAUAGUUCUCUCCUCAACAAGUAAUCUUACAUAGAUAUUAAAGAAACAUGUACUUUUACCUCAUUUGCAUAAAUAUGACCAUCUUACUGAGGGUGUCGUUUCUUAUUUGACCCUUGUUCAGUUAAUAUCAUCUCUUUUGGCAGACUCCCCAUGUGUUUCACUUCUUUCAGUAUAGCAUACUACUACCUACAAUCAUGUGAUCACUCCUUAUUUAAGGUCACUCUUACUUUAAACUUUACCCAUUCAUUGAAUGAUUUUUGUGUAACCAAACAGAUAUAUAUUUUUGUCUUUAUUUCUGGGGGUUUGGGUCUGACUUCUAUUUAUAUGACAUACCUGACUCCUUCAUGCACACGGUCUGGCUGUGAUCUCGCUACUGUGCGGCUCAUACCAGUCCAACUGGCCCAACUGGCUGCCCCGGUUUAGUUGGGAGCUGGAAUUCACACUAACAAAGGCCACAGAUGUUUCCACUGCAAGGCUCCGAUACCCACAGAUUUUUUAUUUUCCACAGAGGUAGAAGCCAUAUUCCUACGUCAUGCUCACUCAUGCAGAUUUGUCACUGUGGAAAUGAUGUGUUAAACCACUCCUUACACUUCAAAGUUUGUUUUCAUCAGUCAUCAGAGGGGUAUGACCUCUCAAGUGGAAGUUCAUGACAACACAUUGAAGAGGAGUCAUGAGACAUGGAUUUACACAUUAUAUAUUAAUCUGUAUAGGAUUAUUUUCAAAAGAUCUAGCUAGGUGUAUUUACAUAAAUAAUUGAACUAUACAGGUGUUCUGAAGGUAGGGUACAUACUUGUGCUAUAUUUGAAGGUUCUGUUUUAUAUACCAUAUCUCCUCAAUCUUUUUGUUGCCCUUCAACAUCAGUUUUACACCAUACCUGCACUUUCUUUUUUAUCAUUACAGUACUUCAAUAACAAGCAAAAUGUGUGCAGAACAAAUUGGACUGAUUAAAUGUAAAUAUGUGUCCCUGUGAUCCUGCGUGCAUGUGUCUUAUACUCUAUGUUCACCACUGCAUUUGCCUUAGUUACCAUCUCUCAUCAGAGGCCUUGCCAGUCCAAAAAAAAAGGAUUAUGUAUUUUUAUCUGGUCACAUAAUCAAACUUUCCUUUGGCCAUAAAUGGUUUUCUUUGUGUUUGGAAUUACAGAUUGGCUGAAAAUAACCAAAUGUACUGAAAAUAGAGGAAUAUGUUUUUCUUAGGAGUUUGUUUUUCAUGUAGAUGUAACAUGAAGCUGUAGUCUAACCACGCCUAGCUCUGCUUGCAUGGCAAAUAGGCCGAAGCCUUGAGCGGGAUGAUUCAGCAAAGUCUGGGGAGUACGCUGAAAGCUUUCUAGGGAAGUGCUAGACACCGUUUAUUGUUUGGUUUUUAAAAGUUGAAGACAGAAGAGGUAUGGUUCAUAACACUACAGAACUGUGAUCUGCUCAGUGUGUUUUCUAUGUUGGACUGUUUUUUUCAUGCUAAUCCUUGAGAUACAAAUGGAUGUAUCUCAUUAUGAAGACACAUUUUUCCACUGUAUACUAAACAAUUUAAUAAAAGAUCAUAUGGAA